GCAGGAGCUCUCAGAACGCUGAUGCCUUCCUGAGGAACCUGGAUUGGUUCCUUCUACCGCGUAUCUCCUUCAGAUCCUGACAUCUCAUUGCUGAGGAGUUUCUGACGGCCUGGAUCUUCAAGCAGAACUUGCUGACGAUGCAGCUCCAUGACGGUUCGGUUGGUUCUGGUCUGAGCGGAGGUUCACCAUCAGGAUGUCUUCUGAUCAUCGGCGCAGGCUGGGAUCAUCUGGACAAGUCUGGAGGAACAGGGACCAUCAGACCCGCUGUUCUAGCUAACAGCAUCCAGAGCUUCCCAAACAAGGGAAAAAAUAAACCCGACAUCAGCACCAGAACCCGGUCCGGCCCAGAUGGCCUCCCUGGGUCUCUGUUCACUAACACGUCACACUCAUCACUGACCCCCUGUGCGAGAGGGGGAGACAGCGUUGCCUAGACUCCGACCCGUCCUGGAACAUCUCAGGACCGACGCGCCGACAGACCAAAGCUCCCAGUUGAUCUGUUUCUCUGAGGGCCAAAAAGCAUCGAACUGGACCGGACCGGUAACAGCUGCUAGAACCUGCUGGACCUUUGUUCUGGAGGUUUUAAAAUACCAUAUUUUUUUGCCUUUUACAUAUAAAGAUGGCUGCCUCUUCUGUUCCCAUCAUCCUCCUGCUCCUCCUCUCGGUUUCCGUGGAAACGAGGCCUUCUCCUUAUAAAGAUGACAGACAGGUGUUACAGUCUCUCUUCGGCUCCCGCCUCACCUCUCUCAUGGAGGUCACGCCCACCCCUGAUGACAUCACAGAGGGCUCUGCUUCCCCACCAACCUUCCGCUCUGAUUCCAAGGGGCUGAGUCUCAGUCACCAAGGUAACGGCAGCGGGUUGGCCCGCAGACAGGAAGUGGUCCAUCAGUUCUUCCUGGACUUCCUGCGGCAGCAGGUGAAGACGAGGAGGUGGAGCCGUAAGUCCAUGGUGGGAGGAAGAGGAUGCUUCGGGAUGAAGCUGGACCGCAUCGGCUCCAUCAGCGGGCUGGGCUGCUAGAUACCUAGAUGGUUACCAUGGUUACAGUACCGGACUUAGGCUGUUUCUGCUUUCUAAUAUGAUCUGAAGAGGACCUGCAUGACCUCUGACCUCUAGGACCUCCAGGUCCACCAGGUGGAGACUUCAUGUUGGACGUUACUAACCCAGACGCAGACAGAUGUUGUAGUGAUGAAGACUGUGGUGGUCACCCUCCUGAUGACCUUUCACCUACAGGUGUGUGUCUGACCUGCAAGUGUAUUUCUGACCUGCAAGUGUGUGUGUGACACGCAAGUGUGUGUGUGACACGCAGGUGU